CACGUGCUCCACCAUCGAUGUAUUUGUUUGUCGUCUAAGGCUAGCCGGCUGCCGCCGCCUACCCGAUCUGCGAUCUCCAUCGCCGCCUCGCCGCCUCCUCGCCUCGCCGCUGCCGCAUAGAGAGCGCUUUCAUCAGACCGAGGAUCCUUAAUCAAGGUUGAUUGAAAGGUUACGGAUAACGAGAUGCCUACGCUUCAGUCCGCUUUACCUCCUGAGCUCGCCGACAACGUCAUCCGAUUGUAUCGUGAAUGCCUGCGAAGAGCACGUUUUGUUGGUCAUCAGCAACACAACACUGCACUUGUAGUCGACAUGGUGAGGCAACAAUUCAGAAAACAUAUGCAUGAAACUGAUCCGGAGAAAAUACAAAAGUUAAAGGAUGAUGCUGCCAGGGGCCUUAUCAAUCACAUCCUCUAUGAAUCAGAGAAGAUGACUGGUAAAAAAUUUUCAGGACCCAAAUGAUUUCAUGUGCUCGAAUGUUCAAAACCAAGAUGAAUAAUUUGUCCAAGUGCUACCUUUCUGCUAAUCUGCAUGGACAAAUCUCAGAAACUAUGAUCUAAUUCAUUGGUUUCUUAGAGAUUCAUGUUGACUCUUGAUUGCAUUUGAUCUCUUAAAAAUUACGGAUAUUAUAUGCAUAAUUGUACCAGAAUUUUGAAUUGUUCAAGUCACCUUUAGAGUUUCUUGCCA